UGCUGCCGCUCCGCCGCUGCUGCUGCCUGCUGCCCGGGCUCGCUGCUGGCCGCUGGGCCCGGGAUGACGCCACGUCUCGCUCCGCCCCGGCGCAAACUCGCUCCCUGCGUUCAUUUCAUUCCUGCUCUCAUUCCGAGCAUUCUUCGCAUCUCUGUCAGUGCGCGAAGCGAUUCACCUACACCUUUCCUGGCUGGCCCAGAAACACCAGAAUAACUUGACAUAGUAUUCAAAAUACCCACUAACAUCACAUUAGCAAAAGAAAGGGACAUUUGUAUAUGAGAUAUCAAUAACGAGUUGGCUCGGCCGGGAGUUGUUGGAGCAUUUACGGACCACUUCGGAGAAAGAAAGAAACACGGCGGGGAGACUUGUUGCUUCGGCUCGGCUGACGGCGCUGUUUGAAAAUCGCCGUCGAAGUUUAGCCUGUGUCUCUCCCUAGUCUGCUCCAGGCUUCUGCUUGGAGAUCCCAACCGCCAAGAUUGAUCCCAGCAGCUGGAGCGGCAGCGAGAGCCCUGCCGAGGACAUGGAACGGAUGAGCGACUCGGCAGACAAGCCUGUAGACAAUGAUGCAGAAGGGGUCUGGAGUCCUGACAUAGAGCAGAGCUUCCAGGAGGCCCUGGCCAUCUAUCCUCCAUGUGGGCGCAGGAAGAUCAUCCUGUCAGAUGAGGGAAAGAUGUAUGGUCGAAAUGAGCUGAUAGCCAGAUACAUCAAGCUUAGGACUGGAAAGACAAGGACUCGCAAGCAGGUGUCUAGUCACAUACAGGUCUUAGCAAGAAAGAAAGUUCGAGAAAUCCAAGCUGCCAUUAAGGUACGUCUGGCUUUGCCCAGUUGCAGGGGGCUUUUCAUUGCCAUGGUUACAGGCUCUUCCUUUGUUUUCCUCCCCUCCCCUACCCCGCAGGUGUCUAGUCACAUUCAGGUUCUUGCCAGAAGAAAAUCUCGUGAGUUUCAUUCCAAGCUAAAGGUUACCAGUAUGGACCAAGCCGUGAAAGACAAAGCCCUCCAGAGCAUGGCCUCCAUGUCCUCGGCUCAGAUUGUCUCCGCCACGGCUAUUCACAACAAGCUGGGCCUGCCAGGCAUCCCUCGGCCUGCCUUCCCAGGAGCAGGGUUAUGGCAGGGUAUGAUAUCAGCCGUGCAGCCGGGAUCCUCACAAGAUAUUAAGCCUUUCACCCAGCAACCGUAUCCCAUCCAGCCAGCAGUCACAACAGCCAUUUCAAGUUAUGAACCUGCCGCCGCUCAAGCUCCCACAGCUCCAGCAUGGCAAGGCCGCUCCAUCGGUACAUCCAAACUUCGACUGGUGGAGUUCUCCGCUUUCUUAGAGCAGCAGAGAGACCCUGACUCGUACAACAAGCACCUGUUUGUACACAUCGGACAGACAAAUCAUUCCUACAGCGACGCCUUGCUGGAGUCGGUUGACAUUCGUCAGAUUUAUGAUAAAUUUCCAGAAAAAAAAGGAGGAUUGAAGGAGCUGUAUGGAAAAGGUCCUCAGAAUUCCUUUUUUCUCAUCAAAUUCUGGGCUGACCUAAACUGCAACAUUCAAGAUGAUACCGGAUCAUUCUAUGGAGUGACCAGCCAGUAUGAGAGUUCAGAGAACAUGACCAUAACCUGUUCAACGAAGGUUUGCUCCUUUGGCAAACAGGUGGUUGAGAAAGUAGAGACUGAAUAUGCACGGUUUGAGAAUGGACGCUUUGUCUACCGAAUAAGCCGGUCUCCCAUGUGUGAAUACAUGAUCAACUUCAUCCACAAGCUAAAACAUCUGCCAGAGAAGUACAUGAUGAACAGCGUACUGGAGAACUUCACCAUCUUAUUGGUGGUGUCAAAUCGGGACACCCAGGAGACGUUGCUUUGUAUGGCGUGCGUGUUUGAAGUGUCGAACAGCGAGCAUGGCGCCCAGCAUCAUAUCUACAGACUGGUAAAGGAAUGAAAGCUCUCUCCAUUUUAUUAUAUUUUUUCCUUAUAGACUCAUCGACCUCAAAACAAGUGGCAGUGCCUCUGCAUGAAAGUCAGCCUUUCAAUGCUCUAUGGUUGAGGUAUGAGGUGAAGACAGUUCGUCAUAAGUUUGAUGUGUUUGUUGUUUGACCGCAGCUGUGAAAUGUGGUACAGUUGUUUUAUGUUUUAAUGGGAAAUUUAUGGGAAUUUCAUUUUUCAAUAUAUUUAGUCGGUUGUUUCAAAAUAAUUGAUAAGAUUUAUUUGUUAAAUGGAAAUAUAUAUGUUGUCUUUUUCUGCUUUGUUAUGUAGACUAAGGGGAAAAAAGAACUUGCAGCCUGUGAUGGUCUGAACAGUUUGUGUUGAGGAUGUUUUGUAAAUCUGUGUUUCAUACGUU